CGAAGAUAAAUCCUGGUGUUUUGCUUGCAGAAUGUCUGGAGUAACGUUGGCUGGUGGGCAGCCUUCAGGAGGCAAUACAGACGUGGGAGAUGGAGGUGGAAGAGCGCUCAAAUUGCAAACUGAUACUCCUCAUUUGGUUAGCAUGGGAGGCGACAGACUCAGUACUUCGGUUACGUUGCAUCCACUUCCUCCAGGAAGAGUUACUUUAGGAAGCGGCUCUGGAGUGGACAUUCCAGUUCAGGGCACUGGAGUGUCGCCUUUACAUUGCCACAUCGAAAACAGCGAAGGCGUGGUCACUUUAUAUCCCUUAUCGGAUAAUUUAUCCAUUGAUGGCCUAAAAGUCCAAGGCCCCACUCGUUUGUCUCAAGGUGUUAUGCUGACGAUUGGUCGGUCAAACUAUCUGCGAUUCAACCAUCCAGCUGAAGCCAAAUUAAUGAAAUCAGUGUUACCGAAUCCGAGAAUCUCAAUGGCUCCCAUCACUUUCGAACCAGCCGACAUGAACUAUCGUGAGUCGAAACUCAAUAAGAAGCCCCCGGUUGUUCCAAGGAAGAGCCCCAGGGAAUCUUUAUCAGAUAGUGGAAGUGAAGAGCCCCCUUCCAGCAUCAUGACCAAAGUUUCGAAAUUCGAAUAUCUGGCCGCUCAGAAUCUCAAAAAAGCCUACUCACCCAAAGUGUUCACCUCCAAUGUGCCUACAAUGAAUGUGCCAGUCAAAGACGUUCUGGGCAAGGAUAUCGAUAGCUUAAGUCUUAGGAAAAGCUUACCGCAAAGCGCUGUUAAUUAUGUGGAAUUAAACACCAACGAGAAACAACAGAACAAAAUACCUGAUUGCGUUUCAGGUCAAACGAUAUUUACCAAGCAAAAGCAGCCCGCUUAUGUGAAUGUGACAGUGAACGAAACGAGAAACAUUAACAACCGAGUGAUUAUUUACGAGAAUGGAUGCAUCCCUAAGAGCUCCAACGUCAAUUUCGACCAUAAUGAUCUGAACAAUAAAACCGCCACUAAGAACGUAAAUGUAAAUCGCGCUAAUGCUCCGAGUCCGAGUUUCAGCAGGAAUCCUGCACAGUUUUACAGGAGUGUAACGCCUAGUCCCAUCUCGAAUAAUAUGAAAAUAGAACAUAGACGAAGUGGUUCAGUGGGCGAAUUGCCUGCAAACUACGUUGAAGAUCUGGAUAGUUUAGCCAGCAGGAAACAUGAAGCAGAAAUUAGACGCAAUCAGUUGCUUUUUAAGGCACAGAGAGACCGAAUUAAGGAGCAGGAGCUGGAAAAGGCCGAGAAGCAACGGUUAGAGGAAAUUUUGAACAUGUGCGCCGAAUAUGAGAGGCAGUGCCAGACCCAAGGGGAGAAAAGCAAGCCUCCAACUCCGAACAGAAUUAUAACGAACGGUUCAUUACCACGAGACAAACGCCACCUGGGUUCGCCCUUUGGGUCUCCUCCGCCUUCUCCGCUGGAAAUUCUCCACAAUGAGCUGCUGAAACAGAGCAACCACAACUAUGAAAACGUUCCCAUGAACUUCCACAAGCCAGAGCCGCCUUAUCGAGGACCAUAUGAAAAUGUGGAAAUUAGGCAGGCUGCCACCAAAGACGGCGAUUGUGGUGGUACUUAUGAGAAUGUUUCUCUGCAAACCACUGGCUCUUAUCCAUCCAGUCCUCGGACUAGGAUUAAAACGUUUGUGGCCGCCAACAAGGACGGCAACCUCAGAUCAGUGGAAGACUCCAUUGAUAGUAAAUUUGCGGUUUUUGAAACCGAGCGGAAGCUCAUUAAGGAAGCAGAACGAGUCCUAAGGCAAAACCUCCACAAUUCGAAAGAAAUCACUGAUGACAAUUUAGAUCUGGGCCACUUGGAGCCAAGGAAAUCAACUCCUACCAAGUUCAUAUAUCCCAUGGAAGGCGAAGAAACGUCGGCUAAGGACCGACAGUCAUCCGAAUGCCGGAUGUCUUUGGAGAGUACCAAAAAGGGCGAAGAUUCGACCACAGCAGACAGCGUUAGCUUUGACUCUUCGCAAGAAUACAAUCGACGUUUGUCCGCCAGUCAAAGCCCGGAGGAACGGAAAAGAUGGGAGCAGCUGAGAAAGGAAAAGCGCGACAUUCUGGCGGUUAUUGCGCGCAUCAGAAGGCAGAUGAAUGAAAUUGAAAUACAAGAAGAGGAACUGCACCGGGAGAUUGAACUGGAGAAGGCCCUAAUAAACGGCGAAUUCAAGUCAAAGGAACUGGAACUAGAAAAAAUCGAGUCAAAAAAGCAGAAGCUGCAAAAAAGAGCGCAACGAAUCGAAGACAACAUGCGGGACUGCCAGAUUAAGCAAGAAGAAGACCAAGAAGAGUGCAAAAAGAAACUGCAAUUUGCUCAAGACGCCAUGGACAGAAUGGAGGAAAAGCUCAAGGCAACUGAGAAAACCAGUUCGGACUACGAAGCAGUAUUUGAGGAAUACUUGCAGGCGCAAGAACAGCUAGACAACGAGAGGAAAAACUUCGAGGAUUUGGAGUUUCACCACCUAGAAGAGGAAGCCGAUUGGCUGGCUAGCAGGGAAGAGCUACAACGAGAAAUAUCAGACCUGUCGAACAGAAUCGAACACGUGAAAGGGAACCUAAAGGACUUGGAUAGUCAGAAGCAGAAAACGUCCAAGACCAAUUCCAAUGAGUACAAAACCAUCGAAAAACAAAAACUUGAGUGUAUGGUCCGGUUAGAAGAGAUACGCGAUAGGCUCAAGUCGAUAGACACCGAACUGAUGUUCUCGAAUCAGGAAUCGGACCAGGAAGCAUCCAGCGAAAGUGACGACAGCGAUAAAUCAAAAGAGCGACCACAGUCAAAUACAGCGCCGAAAAUAACUAAUAUGAGCUGUUCAAUGAUUGUCAGCAAUCACAACUCCAGUCAAUUAUCUGAGUAUAAUAUGAGUCAGAGCUUCAAUGAGAAAUUGAUUCAUGAAACGUUUAUUUUGGAAGAUGGCAUGGGAUAUAAAAAUAAACUAGGCUUUUGCGUUCUUCCAGCCAAAAAAUUUCCGUCUCAAGACGACAUCGAUCGGAUUAGCAAAGUAACAUCAGAUGCCCCGAUUAUUGAAGAAGGUCGCCAAUCCUUAGGCCGAAAGGCCAUUGAAUCUCUCAAGGAAAUCGAAAGAAACCGUCAUUUGCAUUUGUGCCAACAAGGUUCUCAAGUGAUCGAGCAAGAGAGGCAAAGGGUACUUGCGUUAAAGCAGCGUGUCCAGGAAGAAGUGAAGUCGCAAUGGGCCCAGCAAAGACAGGAUUCAGUUAUCUCUUCCGGAUCGGACAGUUUUCGAAAUAGUGGAUCUGAUCCUGCCCCAAAACCCGAUUCAAAAGUUGCCAAUGGGGACGAAAAUCGCAAAUCCAAAGAAGAUGAAGUUGAUAAUUCACCGAGACCCUUGUCGGAAAUCAGCGAAAUGAGCGUUGAAGUGGGUGGUACUCUUGGCAAGAAGAGGAUUAAGCCGAUUAGCGAUAAGCAACGACCAUUGACUAGGUAUUUACCUAUUAGAGGCUCUGAUUUGGAUCUUCGGAACCAUAUAGAGACAGCAGGUCAUCAAGUGGUUUUGUGUCCACACGUGAUCAUCAAUUCCAACACUUGUAGAGGAUUUCUGCACAAAAAAGGCUCGAAGCUGAAUGGAUGGUCGCGAAGAUGGUUUGUCUUCGACCGCAACAAGCACACUUUAACUUAUUACACCGAUAAAAGCGAGAAGAAAGCUAGAGGAGGUGCUUAUUUUCAGGCAAUUGAAGAAGUCUAUCUUGACCAUCUUAACACUGUAAAGUCGCCAAAUCCGCAGUUAACAUUCAUUGUGAAAACUCACGAGCGACUUUAUCACCUGAUGGCUCCAUCUCCUGAAGCUAUGAGGAUAUGGGUGGACGUUAUCUUUACGGGAGCGGAAGGAUACAGGGAGUUUGAGCAUGGAACUUGAUAAAAAUGUGUAUUUUUAAAGGUAUUUUACAUUCGCUCUGGUAUUGGGGCUUUGUGGGACAUUUUGUAGCCCAUAUUUUCUUUAAUGUACGUAAAGAUUCAUCUAGUUUUGUACGAAGUAUUUUAAGAAGUUUUAAUUAUGUGAUAAUACUUUUUUAGCAUAUGUCAUAUUAGUGUUUGUAGAUCUAAUUUUGUUACCAAAUGUGAGUGGAUUUUCCGUAUCGACAGUGGGCUUUAUAAGUUCAAAGUUUGGCAAUUCAUGAUUUCAUGUACAUUGGGAAUAAUUCAGUGAUUAUUAGAAACCAUCAAGGAAAUGUGUGCCUUUCAGAUUCGAGACUGAAACAGAAAACAUUAUUGACUUGUUUAAAAAAACGCUCAAUGAUAGCAUAGCGCUAGAAGAUCGAAACAAAUUAAAUGUAUUUUGUAUUACAUAAGACUGUAUGAGGACUUACGCAUGUAGAACCGCAAAUAUAAAUGCUAUAUUUGUAAUUAA